GCCGUCUUCAAUGUUUUCCUUGAAACUAUACAAUUUCCUUUCUCCUCGCCAGCGGAUGUCUGUUGACGCUUGCAGUGACGGCUAACACAGCUGAAGACUACUCGUGAUUGAUCAUUUUAAGACUCCAUCUUCUGCCAUUCACUGUUUACCUUUCUGCAGCACCGCCAUAAAGCUCUGCAGGAGCUACGUCACGACUGUAAACCUCCUCUUGACAAUCCACAAUCAUGGCUGAGUUCGCCAAUUUCGACGGAACACCCAGUAGCUUGGGCAGCGAGACGAGCAAGCGAAAAGCUGCCAUCCUCGACAGGCAUCUCCCAGAUGGCUACUCCGCCGAGCCCGACGUUGCCUUUGGUCCAGCCAACCCUUCCGCUUCGGGGUCUGCCAGCAAUGACAACGACACUACAGGAGACCCCAUCGAAUCUUCGCUCCUUUUGCAAGGAGGCGACAUGCAUCGCGACAUGUUCAAGAUCAAGGCUCGAGCCAACUCCCUCCGCCGCGCUGCCACCUUUUCCCACCACACACCUCCCCCCCUCGCUGCCGAAGACGAAUUGAGCCACUCCGAACAGCGAGAGCCCGGCGGCUUUCGACGAUACCACCUUCAACGCCGUGCCCGACAGAGACGCAUGAGUGGCUACACAAUUGUCGCCAAGAACUUUGUCGAUUUCCUCGAUCUCUAUGGAAGCUUUGCCGGCGAAGAUCUCGAAGAUGCCGAUAGCGAGGACGAGUCUGCCAUUGACGAUCGAGAAGACGGCGAUGUGGAACAGCCACCUGAACUUCGACCUCUCCUUGGCAGAAGACGAAGCACUAAAAGAAUGCGCAAGACGGGCGACGCUACAACCACAAAGACGUUUUUCACCCUCAUCAAGGCUUUCAUCGGAACUGGAAUCAUGUUCUUGCCUAAGGCGUUCCGCAACGGUGGCAUCCUGUUCUCGUCAAUCACCCUCAUUGUAUUGUCCCUUGUCAACUGCGGAUGUUUCCGUCUGCUUCUUGACUGUCGACAGAUUUACGGAGGCGGUUAUGGAGAACUAGGUGAAGCCAUUGUUGGACCUCGAUUCAGAAGUCUCGUUCUCGCUUCGAUUGCCAUCUCCCAGCUUGGAUUUGUAUGCGCUGGUCUCAUCUUUACAGCUGAGAACCUCUAUGCAUUUCUUGACGCCGUGACCGCCAACCACCGCGAGUUCAUGUUCAAUGUACCCAGUUUGAUUGCUUUGCAGUUGGUCGCCCUUGUUCCUCUUGCCCUGAUCCGAAACAUCUCAAAACUUGGACCCGCCGCCCUUCUCGCUGAUGUCUUUAUCUUGAUUGGAAUUGUGUACAUCUGGUACUACGACAUUGCGGCCCUUUCUCAGCGUGGCAUGGACUCGACUGUGAAGCUGUUCAACCCAAGAGAUUUCACUUUGACCAUUGGCUCAGGUAUCUUCACUUUUGAAGGAAUUGGACUUAUUCUGCCCAUUCAGUCAAGCAUGAAGAGACCCGAGCACUUCCCUAACCUCCUUUACUUGGUCAUGUUUAUCAUCACGAUCAUCUUCACCUCUGUGGGAGCACUCUGCUAUGCGACUUUUGGCGAGGACACCAAGAUUCAAGUCAUUUCCAACUUUCCUCAGGAUUCUCCUCUUGUCAACGCAGUCCAGUUCCUGUAUUCGAUUGCCGUUCUCGCUGGAGAUCCUGUCCAGCUUUUCCCAGCUGCCCGUAUCAUCGAAACCUCAGUUUUUGGUGAGCGUGCAACUGGCAAGAAGAGUGCUGCGAUCAAGUGGAAGAAGAAUGCUCUCAGAACCCUUCUUGUAGGCGUAUGCGUGGGUAUCAGUAUAGUUGGUGCCAGUGACUUGGAUAAGUUUGUGGCGUUGAUUGGCAGCUUUGCCUGUGUUCCCUUGGUCUACAUCUACCCAGCGUACUUGCACUACAAGGGAGCUGCUCAGACAACCAGGGCCAAGGUCAUUGACAUUGUUGUCAUGGUUGUUGGCUUCAUCGCCAUGGUCUACACCACGCUGGUCACUGUUUACCAGUGGAUCGACAGUGCUUAGAAGACGACAACCCCAUCUGCGGUGGAAAUGAAACAAGGCAUAAGACUGGUGCAAGGCAACUUCAAAAGGCUAACGCUAAAGGUUUUGGGAGUCAUACAUGUGGUUAGAGGCUAUCUCGUUCAUAUGUUUCUGUUUUUGAGCAUUUUGUUGACGGCUGACGAAGGCCUCACUGGAGGUCGUGACAGAGGACACGCGAACCGAGGCGACACAAAAACAGCAUACUGCCAUGCUUGGAGGUUUGGAAAAAGGCGUUAAUGCAUCCUCUUGAUUUUGCGAUUUAACUCAGAUUGUUGGCAGUUCUCAUGAUAAUUUAGAUGCCGGUCACUCCUCUGCUUCAUUGACGAUCCAUGUCCUGCUGUAAAAGCUUACUGUAUCUAGGCCUCAAUUGUUCUCAGUUCCUGGUAAUAUAAAG